GUAUUAUAUUUUCUAUCAAGGAAGACUUUGCUUUGUGCAUCCCACAUCCUUCAACCAUUUCCAAACUAUAAAUUAAAUCCUUCUUUUACUAAAUUACUAAAACUAAAAACCUUAACUAUCAAUCUACUUUCAUUUCAAUUUCUAAUUACUAAAACCUCUAAAUUACCUCUUAAACUACCCUAUCUUCUAACACUUAUUCAUUACUUUUUGAAAGAUAAGACUGGAAAUAAACUUCAAUCUCCCAUCAAAGUCAUUUCUCAAUCUCUCAAUGGAGUUUCACUCUCAAAAAAUUAAACUGUGCUCUCCACUUUACCUAUCAGAUUGAUUUUGUUUUGUAAGACAACAGUUCGCAAAUCCUGAGCCGAAAGUUCACUGGUGAGGUUGCAAUAUUCCUUAAUGAUUUGUUGCACUGAUAUACAUGAAGAGUAACCCACCGGGUCAAGAGUGAUCUGAGCAGAAACAUGGAAAACCACCAGAACCGGCUAAUCAAUUUCUGUAUCUAUUGGAUUCUCUUUUUCUUUUUUUAAUUUUUGCAUGUACUCAGUUCAUGCCGAGUCAGAGGAUCUCACAUGGGACCCUGCUACAUUCCUUGUAGUCAAGUCCAACGGUUUGAAUAUGACUGAUGGCCGUUGUCAUAUCUCACAACUCUAUAUAUCUAGUCUCUAUAAAAUAAGGAGUCCAAAAACCCAAUUCGCACGGCACAAUCGAAGUAUCUUACUCUCUAGUUUCUAGUUACUGCUUCCCUGCACAACCUUCUAAACCCAGAUCCAACAUUCACUCACUUAUUUCCCUAUCUACGUUUAUCUAGUCACUCUUUGUGAAAAUGUCAAAAAGCAUAUGCAAUCUCAACCUUUCUCUACAGUAUCUCCUUUUGAUGAUCACUUUACUGUUGCUUAAAGUAGAUUCAAGAACGCACCCUGGAGACAUACGAGUGCUCAAGGAUCUAAAACAUGGGCUGCACCCCGAGUCCAUAGCUCCCGGAUCUUGCUUGAGCUCGUGGGACUUCUCAGUGGAUCCAUGCGACCAUAUCUUCAGUGACAGAUUCACUUGUGGGUUCAGGUGUGACUGGUUUGCUUCUGAUUUCUUCCGAGUCACUGAGAUCACUCUUGACCCAGUGGGCUACUCUGGUUUACUCUCUUCAACCACCUGGAAUCUGCCUUACUUGCAAACUCUUGAUGUAUCAGAUAACUCCUUCUAUGGCUCAAUCCCAGACUCACUUUCCAACCUCACUCGGCUCCGUCGACUGAGUCUCUCAAUCAACUUGCUUUCUGGCAAAAUGCCCGUCUCUCUCGUGUCUCUAGACCACCUCGAAGAGCUUUAUCUUGAUAACAACAGUCUCCAUGGAUCCAUACCAUCAAACUUCAGCUCACUUGUAAGCUUAAAAAGGCUUGAAAUCCAAGAAAACAAUCUCUCUGGCGAGUUUCCUGAUCUGGGUGCUCUCAAAGACCUGAAUUAUCUGGAUGCUAGUGAUAACCAAAUAUCUGGUGAAGUUCCCUCAACACUACCGGUGUCUCUUGUUGAGCUAUCUAUGCGAAACAACAACUUACGAGGAAAGCUACCUGUUAGUGUAGGCGAUUUGGAGUUCUUACAGGUCUUGGAUCUUAGUCACAACAAGUUAUCUGGUCCUAUUUCAUCAGUUCUUUUUGACCAUCCUUCUCUUCAACAACUUACCCUUUCCCAUAAUAAUUUCACGUUCCUGCAAGUUCCAGGUACAGUGGGUCUAACUAGCAACUUAAUAGCUCUUGAUUCGAGCUACAAUGAUCUUAGAGGCAUAUUACCAGGUUUUUUGUGUUCUAUGCCGAAGUUGUCAUCUUUGUCUCUAGAGAAUAACAAGUUUACAGGAAUGAUACCAUCCCAGUAUGCUUUGAAAGUGGCUGUUCCUAGGAGCAAUUCGUCCUCGUUGGAGAGGCUAUUAUUAGGUGGGAACUACUUGUUUGGUCCAAUUCCAAGUGCUCUGAUGGGUUUAAAACCGGGUUCUGCUAAUGUGAGUUUGGUGGAUAAUUGUUUGUAUAGGUGUCCUGAUACCUUCUUCUUUUGUCAAGGUGGGAAUCAGAAGUCAUUAGUGGACUGUAAGAAGAGAUUUGAUACCGUGAUCCCUUAGAUUAGAACCACAAACUAACCAGAUUUGUAUGAUAAUACAAUAUUUUCCUUUAAA